UUCACUGCGCAGCAUCUCAGAGGUUUGCAGCUCCACAACUCUGCAAGAACAUGGCGAACAGAGAAGGCGAGUUCACAGGGAGCAGGCAGAGUAGAGGCUGCUGUUCAGGCUUCAAACAGCUGCCACUAGCUUUCAAACGCAACGAGGAGCAGUUAUUUGUGACACAAAGGAAUUGAUGUGAAGACUGAAGGGACACUUUGAUAGGACUCGUUUUGUAAGGCGUUGUUUUGAUAGAGAGUGCAGCUACUCGUGUUCAUUAUUAUUUCAGAAACUUUCAACAAGUGUAACUUAAAGUCCAGAUGCAGUUCGGUCUUCGUUGUGUUUGGUGAAUGGGUGCUUGUCAUGUUACUUCAGUUCUUGUUUCAGCCUGUUCCGGAUGUCGGAGUGUAUGCAAAGGAAAUCGGCAGAUGUUUUCUCCAUCAUUCUUGAUUUUAGGGUUUCACUUGGUUUGUAUCUCAAAGUUUCGAUAUGGGCAUAAACUAAACGAGAGUUUGGGUGUAUUCAUGCCCUAAAUACGGUUUGCCUCACUGUUCAGUUUGAGGCUGUUUUUCACAUCACUGAACAAUGUUUUACAGGUAAUGAAAUAAUUUUAGCUUUCGGUUCCAUGUGGACAUGUUUAAACACAUUUUAAAGUGCAAAAUACAAAACGGGUUUCAACAUGAGUAGCAUGUAGAAAUCUAUACACGUAUUCGUCAUCGUGUACUGGAUGUGGUGAUGAGAUAUGCAUUCGGGGAAUGAUGCCAGUAAAACGCCAGUGGCUUUCCAAUGAUAAACAGCAUCAGGGUUUUCUAAGAAUUGAAGUAUUUAUCUUCUUGCCUCAAACAGCAGUCUUCUUGAGGUUGACAUGAUCUAUAGAGUGGAAGAAGACAAUUUUAUGAGUAUCAUUAUUCUAGAACAUUCACUGUAAGAUAACCCAAAUUGCUUUUUCACACACCAUGUAAUUUUGUAUUUACUUGGUUGAAACUUUCAUUGAAACAUGUCUCUUUCUUGCCUUUGUGUAUGUGAAAAGUGUGUGUGUGUGUGUGUGUCAUUUGCGUAGCUGUGUAGUUUUGAUCCCAGAGCCACUCAUAAUUUCACUUCCUUACACAAACGUUUUGGGAGAUUUCCUGUGUCUGGGAAAAGGCUUAAAUUCCUAAAAAUAAGUCUUACCAAAAAGAGGGUUCAGAAAUGUCCUUUUAAGCCACAUCACCACAGCUCAGUAAGCUUAUAUCCGCCUCAACUGUUUGGCUGGCUGUCUUUUUUUUUACCAAGGCACAUAAUUUCCAUACAUUUUCCUCCAGAAUAAUUACAGUUUUUUGUAACCAAACAAUGCUAUGUUUGGAAAUGUAUCAAAUAAAGAAAUAUGAACAGACAGCUUUGCAUUCUAUAAAAACUUCUCGUACAAUAAAAAAAUAAAAUUGGUGUCAUUUUGACUUGCACAGAAUUUUAAUUAAAGGGUGAAUUAAGUCAAAUAUAUGAUGACUUAAGCAAAUUAAAAGGUUGAGACAACAGUGCUCUACUAUUUGGCUUUCUAGAGUAGAGUUCAAACCAGAUAAACUACAUAUUAUCAAUCAACCUUAACCUGAAACAUUGCAGAAAACCAGUUGCAGUUUCAUGUCGUGGCACGCAGAGCUGCAAUCUGCUUAUGUUCUUUGGAGAGUUUGCUGAGACACAUUAACUAUAUGGUAUGUGGCACACUGUACUUGCAUGCACACUGAUACAAUUCCAUUUUCUGCAUCUGUGUGCAUUACUUAACCCACUUGGCACUGUGACAGGGAAACAUUUGCAUGUUUCUUGUACUGAGGUAACACAACCUUGUGAGGGGAAAUUAUGGUCGCAAACAAUUUGUUAUUUAGUCAGACUUUGACGUCGCCUUUUACUAACACCAAUGUAGAACACAUGCUCAGUUCCUGGCAGCGAUACUUCCAGCUUAAUCUGAUGAACAAUGCUUUUAUUGUUUGAGAGUAGGGAGUUGAUGAGAUAUCUUAUCCAUGCCCUUAUUUACCCUGGAUAAAGGGAUAAGGUUAUGACGUCACGCAUCACCAGCCAAGAUCUCGUCAACCUUUGCAGCAGCAGGAGUGACACAGAGGUUGAGUCUCCAAUGUUCAGCCUUGCUGAACACUGGUCAGUGUCGUCCAGAGUGCAACAGAGAAAAUAUUUGAACCAGAACCACUUUGACCCGUAGAGGUCAGUGUAACAAUUUUAUUACCUUAAAAGACUUGAUGCAACAGCUCCUCGUAGCGCUUAACAUUCCUAAAGCAACAUAUUGUUUUAUUGGAUGGAAAACUUGCAAACACUUGAGACUUCUUUUGGUCCGUACAAAGAUUUCACAACAAUGUUUUGGUAGUUCCCAAGCAAAGAAUCUUCCAUUCAUAAACACAAGGGCUUUAAAUAGUUGUAAAGCACAGAUACCAGACAAGAAAAGGUUAUUAUUGUCAAUAUUGGAACCACACCCAACUUUUAUUGAUUGUGUAUUGUGCUUUAUGUUGUUCUGCAUAUAUAGUGUACAUAGUAUAUAGUGACUACUUAAUGGCAGCACAGGCACACUUAUUGGCCUUGUGUUAACUGUGAUGAAAGUCUAUCUUUUGAGUCGUAAAUGGUGCACAUGUUUAAAAACAAAAGUGUUUGCGAAAAUGUAGCAAGUCGCGUUUAUGACUCAUAGCUGGAGUUCACUGGCCCCUAGCAACAGUUUGGAAGACUGGAAGCAUUAAAAUGUCGAUGGCGUAACGAGAGAGAGAAAACUCAGUGACGGAUUGAGUACAUCGUGGUGCAUGUUUGGGAUGCAUCUCCUGAACUGUGUUAGGUUGGCUCUGUUUCGUUUGUAAACUUUGGGAAGUGUUUUUAAUUCGGUAAGUAAUUCUGAACUAUGAAGUGAAAAUGUCUUCCGUUUCCCUGAUAUUGGGAAAUGUCUCUUGGUGUCAGUGUUUAGUCUUUACUGAACCACCACAGCCCCACCAUGUUUAACUUCUACAGCAACUCAUCAAACAAAUCUCUCACCACGAUGUUUUUGGAAAGACUUCGAAUCUCUGCUUCGUGGAUAAGGAAAGCAUUUUGGAAGGACAAACCAUUUGACCAUGGUGCAUGAAUAAGGUUCACAGCAAAGACAUCCUGUUGGUGAAUUAGACAAUGGUUCUGCUAUUAUUACCCUUUGUACAAUUUCUAAACAAACACAAAAAUGUUUUCCUCACAUGUUUUCCUUGUCGCAGACGAGUUCCAUUGAAGUCUCGAUGGUUUUACAUCCGUUUGAAUUGUAUGCAAAACCAUGUGUUAUUUGCAUAUAUUGCAAAAUGACCAUCCCAUUUAUUACAACAUGCAAACAUCAUUUGGCUUGCAGAUGAGAGGUUUCACAAUGAUGAAUCAGCCUCAGACUCUCAUUGUACAAUCCUGUGAUUAAAGGCUUUCAUGCUGCCCAUAUUGCGCUUUCAGUCCCACUGUUGAAUGUCCCAUGUGCUGACACUUCCAGGAUAUGUAACUCUGACCCCGAAGUAAUCGAGGGUAACUGUCAGUCAUUAUGUGUAUGUCAGCGAAAACACUUUAACUGAUAACAGCUGUUAUUUGUGGUAUUCAUUCACAGGAUAUAGCACAAGAUUGAUGGAGAAGAAUGGCCCGAAUCUCGUUGGACUGCCCCAACACUCUACCAGGGAUCCCCCUGAGUGUGCUGUCGGUGCCCAUGGAGAAUAAGUACAAAUGUCAGCAGUGUCUCCAGGUCCUGAGGAAGCCUGUCCAGGCUCAGUGCGGCCACCGCUUCUGUGUCCACUGCUUCAAGCAGCUCACCAGUUGUGGGCCGAAGCCUUGUGAAGCCUGCCGCCAAGAGGAGAUAUAUGAGGAACCUUUUUCCAUUCUCAAUUGCAAUGAGGCAUUUCCAGACAAUGCAGCUGGUCGAGAAAUAGCAAGUCUGCCUGCCAGGUGUUUGAACCAGGGCUGUGAUUGGACAGGCUCAAUAAAAGAGUAUGAGGCUCAGCAUGAAGACCGCUGUGAAUUUGAAAAGAUGCAGUGCGAGGCCUGCCAAACCUCCAUCCUUCGUACGGAGAAGGAGCGACAUGACGAGAGAGAAUGUGAAGCACGAACGCUCAACUGUAAAUACUGCAAAACGACCUUCAACUUUAAAGAAAUCAAGGCCCAUGAUGAGAUCUGUUUAAGGUUUCCCUUACAAUGCAAGGACUGUGGCAAGAAGAAGAUCCCAAGAGAAAAGUUCACUGAGCACAGCAAGUUAUGUGCCAAGUCAAAGAGUGCCUGUCCGUUCAGUGAUGUGGGCUGUAAAUAUGUGAUGGACAACGGGAAGCUCGGCGACCACGAGCACAGCAGCACCAUGGAGCACUUGCGUCUGCUGCUGCCCAUGGUGCUGUCCAUGUCUCGGGCGUGUGCCGAGGCUCCCGGUCAAGGAGAGUGGCAGGAGGACUCGGGUCUGGGUCUGUACAGGGCUCCUGAGGAGGGAGUCGCUACGGAAACCGGAGCUGCAGCCUCCAUGCAGUCUGUGGAUGUGGAGAAAAAGGUGAACGCUUUAGAAAACAUUGUGUGCGUCUUGAACCGAGAGGUGGAGCGCAACUCCAUGACGUUGGAGGCUUUCUCCCAUCAGCAUCGAUUAGACCAGGAAAAGAUUGAAAACCUCUCCAAUAAAGUGCGUCAGCUCGAGCGGACCGUCUCCAUGAGAGACCUGCAGCUGUCUGAAACCGAACAGCUGCUCAGAGAACUCCAGUUCUGCACCUACGACGGCAUAUUCGUGUGGAAAGUCUCCGACUUCGCCCGGCGCAGACAGGAUGCUGUGGCCGGUCGAACGCCUGCGAUGUUCUCCCCAGCGUUUUACACCAGCAAAUACGGCUACAAGAUGUGUCUGAGGCUGUAUUUGAACGGCGACGGGACGGGUCGGGGAACUCACCUCUCGCUGUUCUUCGUCGUCAUGAGGGGAAAGUGUGACGCUCUGCUCAAAUGGCCGUUCAGCCAGAAGGUGACUCUCAUGCUCUUGGAUCAAAACAACAGGGAGCACAUUAUCGAUGCGUUCCGCCCUGACGUCACCUCCACCUCCUUUCAGCGGCCAAUCAGUGAGAUGAACAUCGCCAGCGGCUGCCCGCUCUUCUGUCCGCUGGCUAAGCUGGCGGGCAAGAGCCCCUACCUGAGAGAUGAUACCAUCUUCAUCAAAGCUAUCGUAGACCUCACAGGCUUGUAAGGUGUAGUCUGUGGAAGUUACACCAAAGCAAAAAUAAAUAUAUAUCUAUAUUUUAUAUUAUGAUAGUAUCUAUAAUAAUUAAGUAUGCAUAAUUUGACUAUUAUUACAUUAUAUCUCAACUAUACAAGAAGAAUGUCACCAAGUGUCACAUUAUGAAGGAUGCACAAGGUUGUGUUCAAUCGCAUGGUGGAUCUGUGAUGUUCAUGGUAAUCCCGUAACUCUGAGUCAGUCGUAGCCCCCGAGCUUUAUGGAGGUUUAGCUAUUUCUGUUUAUAGCUCGUAAAGUUAAGACUUUGGCAGUGCUUAAAAUGACAUUAAAAGUUAGUAUUUUGGUUUAAAGUCGUCAGCAAGAGUUACGGCGUUGAGUUUUAGGAACAUUAAAGUGGCAAUGUUAUGAAUAUUCGCAUUAUUACAAACUGGGUGUCUGUAACGACAUUACUGGGAGGAAAUGCUGUAUGACAGUUUUCAUACACAAAACAAAUUUUGAAACACAAUUCUGAAAAAUAGUAAGUUAGUAUGACAUUUUUGGAAGCAGCCAAAACAUCCUGCUGCUGAACUCUAUUGUUUUCACUCAUAGAAAUUAUUAAUCAUCCAACACUGAAAUAUCAGGAUGCCACUUAAAUAUCUCUGUCAUGAUAAAAAAAAGACCUGCAAUCAUCUUAAUGUGACCCUGUUGGCAUUCAAAUGAAAGCUUACAACUUAUAACUAAAUCAUAUAACAAAUAUUUGUAUCAAAUACUUUGUAUAUAGUAUAGACUAUUUUAUAAUAAUUAGAAUACGCCGAAUUGCAUUAUGUGGUUCGUCACACCCGGGUCAAAUGGGUCAAAUCCAUCUCACAGGUGGCCAUUUCCAUUUCAACUUUUGCAGGAUUUAUUUGUUUAAAUCCUAAAUAUGACCGUAACAUCUAAUACUGCCCCCACGUGAAGAGGCACGUCGUGUACCCGACUGCACCGGGCCGUCUGAACAACGCAACAAGCUGAAAUGUAAUCAUAUGCAACCGACUAGUUCAUUUAAAAGUGAUUAUAUAAUUUAUCUUCGAGUACCCUGUGAAUUCAGUUUACAUUCCACAGUUUACCGAAAACAGAUUUGUUACCAACAGAACCCAAACUGUCCCUAUGACAAUGUUUUAUUACUCAAAUGUAUUGAAAAUAAUACAAAUUAAUUAAAGAAAUAAACAAUCAAAACAUAGGCCUGUGUUUCCCCUGCCCCUAUUAAACAUUGAAACCAAUGUUAAAGUUUCCUUACAGGGAACACCAACACAAGACUGACAUAGAAUUAAGUCAUAGGUUAACAUUUUGUUUAUUGUGGUGUGGUUGCACGUCAGCAGAUACGUCUGCACCUCACACCACUGAAGCUUGGUACUGAUGCCUGCUAUUCUGGUCGGGUUUUAAUUAAAUUCUUAGCAGUUGAAUAUAUAUAAAUAUAUUUUUGUUUUUUUUGUUUUUGUUAACGUAUAUAUAAAUAUAUUUUUUGUUUUUUUUGUUUUUGUUAACGUAUACCUUUUACUAUUUAGUGCAAAUCAGUGCUAGUGCUCCUAGUUACAAUUUACAAGAAAUCAUUAAUUAAUAUUAGCUCAAUAUUACAUUCACAUUAUAAUCUUAUUAUACAUGCUUCAAUCAUAAAGUCUAUAAAUAUAUAUAUAUUAGGAUAAAGCCACAACAUGUAAUUGCUGAUUUUAUUUCCACUUUAUGCAAGUGCUUUACAAUAGAAUAUGAAUACAUAUAUAAAUGUGUUUAUACGUGUGUAUAUAUAUAUGCUUUAUUAAUAUUUUGGAUGUUAAACACAACUCCUUUGACGUGAAUGACUAUAAUAAAGUACUAUAGUGAAUUGAUUUUACAUUUAUUCCUGCUUUUGUUCCAUUGUUUUUAUAUGCAUUUAUAAGUGUGAUGCCAUGUUCACUAUCAGUUGGGACCAUUCAAAAUAUCAUUAUGAAGUAAUGCAUAUACAGUGUGGAAAAGAUCAACAUGAAAUUAUAAUCAGAAAAUGUAAGUUUUGGGGGAUUUGGACUGUUUAAUACUUUUGGUUACCUAUUAUAAUAUAUGUAUCCUGGGCUUAAAGGGAGUCUUAUGUUAUUUGUCACACUUCAUAGAAAUAAGAUAAUCUCUAUAUUGAUAAAUAAUAAUAGAUAGACCCUACUAAAGAAAAUACCUGAACUUUUAAACUAUAGAGCACCUAGCCAUUGACUCAUCUUGUGAAUCUAGCUCGCAGCAUAACCCUAACAUAGAUUAGAUUAAGGUUAUAGUACUGAUAAACUCUUUGAACUAUCAUAAUAUUUCUAGAAAUUGUGAAGUGAGGAGAAGCGUCACAAAUGGGGUUAGAAUAAAAGUAUCACUUUUACCUCAUGAUUUCCCCAAAUAGUCACUUAUGAAUAUUUCCCCUGUGGGCGUCGGAGGCAUUUUCAUGUUCUGUGCAACAUGUCGAUGCGUCUGCUCCAGAGUGAUGAGACGUGUUGUAACAAGUAACAACCCUCUUCUGGCAUGGAAAAUGUCACCUGUAAAGAUAACAACCACAUACCACGAUGUCACAACCGGUUCUGGCCGGCUGUAUGUUAAGCUCAUUAAUUAUGUAUUUUCUCUUCCUGUUUUGCUGUUGUGACGAAUGUGGACGUGCGCUGUUUGAAAUGCUCACUGUAGUAAACUCAAACAAGAAGUGCGUUUACAAAUAAUUCAAAGCAUAUCCUACCUCUGAUUCACAGAUUGUUUAAAAAAUGUCUUUCGUUUGCAUCAAUACACUUUAUUUGUAUCUUCCUGUGAAACUGAAUAUCUAGUUUUUUAUUCUGCAUUUGAAGAACCGGAGGUAGAAUGUGAGAUUAUAAUCUUGGAAUUGGUUUCAUUCUUAGUUGCAUGUUACUUUCUUUGUAAAAGCCUUUCACACACAGACCUCCUGGACUGCACGACACUUUAAAGUCAAACAUUCACACGAGGUCUGUCAAAUAAUACAUGUACUUGUUUUUUGUCAAAAGUGCAUCAUUAAGCAAAAUGAAAAUAAAUGUUGUUGAAUAACACGGUGUGUAAUAAAGUCUAUGCCUGGAGAAACAGGUUACCUCA